AGUUGGUGGAUGGGAACACAUAGAUCCAUCUCCUUUUCCCAUCAUGAUGUGUAGAUAGAUUAAUUAAAAAUAGAAGAAAAGAUAUAUGUAUAUAUUGCAGGCAGCCAUCGCAGAUGACUUGCCCCAAUUUGACCCUUGAUAUUUUGAAGCAACUCAAAAACAUUGACGGGAGAGAAGGAAUGGCACUUUCACUUUCACAGUCUGCUGCUUUAUCAUGGAAAUCCCUGAUCCAACCCUCUUAUUCCAUUUCCCACCAACAACCCACCUCCAUCCGCAAAUCGAAAGCAAUCGCCGCCGUUCACGGCGCCAAAGCCCCAUCAACGAUCCCCAGAUGGAGCAUUGACAGCUGGAAAUCAAAGAAGGCUCUGCAGCUUCCGGAGUACCCAAAUGAAGCGAGUCUGGCGGCGGUCCUUAAAACCCUGGAAGACUUCCCCCCGAUCGUGUUCGCGGGAGAGGCUCGACAUCUGGAGGAGCGUCUGGCGGAUGCCGCUGUGGGUAAGGCCUUCUUGUUGCAGGGAGGAGAUUGCGCGGAAAGUUUCAAGGAGUUCAGUGCUAACAACAUCCGUGAUACUUUCCGGCUUCUUCUGCAGAUGAGUGUUGUUUUGAUGUUUGGGGGGCAGAUGCCGAUUAUCAAGGUAGGAAGAAUGGCCGGGCAGUUUGCCAAGCCAAGAUCAGAUCCAUUUGAAGACAAGGAUGGGGUCAAACUGCCAAGUUACAAAGGAGACAACAUUAACGGCGAUGCUUUUAAUGAGAAGUCAAGAGUUCCAGACCCUGAUCGAAUGAUAAGAGCUUAUUGUCAAGCUGCAGCCACACUUAACCUUCUCAGGGCUUUUGCCACUGGUGGUUAUGCUGCAAUGCAGAGAGUCACACAAUGGAAUCUUGAUUUUCUUGCCAACAGUGAGCAGGGAGACAAGUAUCAGGAGCUAGCUCACCGUGUAGAUGAGGCUUUAGGAUUUAUGUCAGCAGCCGGACUCACGGUUGACCACCCAAUUAUGGCCACAACUGAUUUCUGGACAUCUCAUGAAUGCUUGCUGUUACCAUAUGAACAAGCCCUGACUAGGCUGGACACAACUUCCGGGCUUUACUAUGAUUGCUCCGCUCAUAUGGUUUGGGUUGGGGAACGUACACGCCAGCUUGACGGGGCACACGUUGAGUUUUUAAGAGGUGUUGCUAAUCCUCUUGGCAUCAAGGUCAGCCAGAAGAUGGAUCCCAAUGAGUUGGUUAAGCUUGUUGACAUAUUGAAUCCUAAUAACAAGCCUGGAAGGAUUACAGUGAUUGUAAGAAUGGGAGCCGAAAAUAUGAGAGUGAAGCUCUCGCCUUUGAUAAAGGCAGUUAGACAAGCGGGGCAGGUUGUGACUUGGGUUUGUGAUCCAAUGCACGGAAACACUAUAAAGGCACCCUCUGGUCUUAAAACACGUCCCUUUGAUUCCAUAUUGGCGGAGGUGCGAGCUUUCUUUGAUGUUCAUGAGCAAGAAGGAAGCCAUCCAGGAGGGAUUCAUUUGGAGAUGACUGGGCAGAAUGUGACAGAGUGCGUUGGCGGAUCGCGCACCGUGACUUUUGAUGAUCUAAGCUCGCGUUACCACACACAUUGUGACCCAAGGCUCAACGCUUCUCAGUCGCUUGAGUUGUCUUUCAUCAUCGCCGAACGGUUGAGGAAGAGAAGAAUGGGGUCUCCGCUCUCUUUAAAGUUUUAGAUCUAUCAAGCACUUGUUAGAACUGUAUUUUGUUUUUUUGUUUGUGGGCUUUUGAGUUAAUGUGAUGUUGGACACAAUAAAUAUUAAUGUAUCUUUUUAAUGAAGGGGAAUUCUUUUCGCA